GCAAGAUCAAAAUCACUGAUUGUGCAUGCAGCCUGCCGGCAGCUUUCAUUGCCACGACUUUGAGUGGGCCGAUCUGGCAGCGACGUGGAAGCAGGCGCCGCCACUCGAAGGCGUCGACGCCGCUAGCCUCGGCGCGCUCGCUCAAGACCACUGGGAUGUCUUCCACGCCAAGAACAACGGCAAGGUAUACAAGCCGCGCAACUACUUGGGCAAAGAGUUUCCGGAGCUUGUGACGACCGCGCCGAUCCGCGUACUCGAGGUCGGCUGCGGCUAUGGUAGCGCCAUCUUCCCACUCCUCGCCCAGAGCCCUGCCAUGCACGCCGACGUGUGCGACUUUAGCCAGCACGCGAUCGAGAUCUUGCGCGCUCACGAAGCGUACGAAGCAUCGCGCUGCAACGCCUUUGUGUGUGACAUUGCCAACGACAAGAUCGACGUGCCCGACGCGUCCAUCGACGUUGCGCUCGUGGUUUUCGUGCUCUCGGCGAUCCUUCCGGGGGCCAUGGACGCGGUCGUCGCCAAGCUGCACAAGGCGCUCAAGCCCGGCGGCCUCGUGUGCUUUCGCGACUACGGCCUCUACGACCUCGCGAUGCGCCGGUCGACCAAGCGCAUUGGUAGUGACGAGGCCGAUGCACUCUACUUUCGCGGCGACAGCACGCUUGCGUCCUUCUUUUCGGUCGAGGCCGUCGCUGAUCUCUUUGGCCGUUAUUUUGAGGUUGUCGAGAACGAGUACAACACAGUGCGCCUGCGCAACCGCAAGACGGGCACCAACAUGGACCGCGUCUUUGUUCACGCCAAGCUGCGCAAGCCACUCGACACCUUGUAGCACGACUUUAGAACGCCAAUGCGUCGGUAAAUUGCAGCACAACGAUAAUACCAAGGAGAGUUUGUGGCCUA